AUGAGAUCAACAAGGAGAUUUUCGCGGACAGCGUCUAUAAUAGAAGAGAAUUUAUCUGUUUUCAAAUCUGCUUGUGAUCAUGUGGAUAUGAUUACUACAAUUCUUGACUUUUUGUACACUGUUAGUGGGAAAUUGAUGUUUGACAAUGAAUGCACUUAUGAUGAAAUUAAUAUAAUAUAUAUUAUGUAUAUUGUAUGUGAGGAACAUGAAAUUCCAUCAUUUUUGAAAGCGGCCCUUAUAAAUAAUUCGAAGUUGGAAUUCGUAGAUGGUUAUUAUAGACCAUUAAUUUUAAAUUACGUCUAUGAGAUGAUUGUAUGCCAAGAUUCUGACUUGUAUGCAGUUAUUAGCCACUUAAGGGUUACACCUUUUUUCCUGUUAAAGAUAUAUACAAUUUUUGUCCAAGAAUCAAUAAAACAGAAAUUUUUAUGGCUCCUAGAAAAGUAUUUUCCAGAUUUUUAUACAUACAUGGAUUUGCCUAUUUCCAUAUUUCGUACAAAGAAGGAUUUAUAUAUGCUUCCGUCAUACUUUGUCAAUCUGAAGUCAAUCAAUAUGGUGUCUAUAUGGUCGGAAGAUAUUACAGCUGCAAAAGUAUUAGCAACGACAUUACGCAGAGAUAUUACAUUCAUAAAUGCACACUUCGAGUUUGGCUCCAAUAUCAAGCUUUCUUGGAAAUGGUCGUUUUCUACUUUUAAUUUGAUUCCACAUCUUCUCUGGAACGAUUUAAAGGAUGGAGAUAAAAUUAAUCCAAACGAUUAUACAGGAUCAGUUUAUGAGCUUUUUUAUAACGGCGUAUGGCAAAAGCCUGUGAAGAAUGAUUAG